GCCGAAACUUUACGAGGAAACACCUCCUACAGGGAGCACGACCGACCAAGCCAGAAUGUCCCGAAACUCGCAGUUGACCAAACAACCACUUCAGCAACUAUACAAAUCUUAUUAUCAAACCAUAUCAACCAAAGUUCUCCCUACUAUACAAGUAACUACACGCUAUCAAAACAACUCUUACACCCACUUGAUCAACAUAUAUCUCAAAUACGGAAUAACAGAACAAUCACAUAUCCAGUGUUAUCCCAUCAAGUCCUCUACGAAGAACUUACCAAGAAAAAAAAAACCAUAGCCAUCUCGGUGCAAGUCUACCUUAGGUACUCACUCACCCACACCCCCAACGUACCUAAUAGAUACCAAAAUGACAGACCACCACCCCCUAUCCAGCGACGACCUCUACAAAGUCGUCGGAAUCCUUUCCCUCAUCAUCGUGCACACAUUCCUAGUUAGCGCCUUAUUCCUCGCCGCGCCAUACGUCCCGGACUACAGAGGCGGUGAUAUCGUCGCGAUAUGUUCGUCCAUAUUUCUGCUACCUAUCACCGGGUUCCUCAGCUGCACGCUACGCUUCACCGACAGCGACGACAUCGGAAAAGCAGUGCAGGUGCUGUUCGCCGCGUGGGUGGGCUUCCUGGCUGCGACCUCGUUGUGGAUAUACACGCUUGCAACCGCCUACUGGCUCGGUGCUGCCCCAGGCAUGAGUGCGAGAAAAUUCGUGAGGACGCUUGCAUGGACAUUCGUGUGGUAUUGGUUUGGUUACGUGUUUGAGUGUAGGCUUGCCUACGGUUAUCAUUUUGCUGAAUUCGCAGCCCCUUAUCUCGGUAUCUGAAGUACUAGAUAUAGACAGACGACCGAGGUCCUGCUAGGGCUAUCCUGUUUAUGGACGAUAUUGAAUAGCGGAUAUUUGAUGGAAGAGAUAUGUCACAAGACGUGGCCAGUCUCUUCCUUAAGAGCGACCAGUAUAAAUAACCCCUAGCUAGUGGGACCGCAAUGCGUAUUUAGUAUCUUUACUACAGCUGAACUUAGAAUGAUUCAUGGAUAAGUCGUAAUGUAGAAUUUCC